AAAGCCCUCUACAGGGACGUCAUGCAGGAGAACUACGAGACGGUGACCUCACUGGGAUUUCCCAUUCCCAAACCUGAGCUGAUCUCCCACCUGGAACAAGGGGAAGAGCCAUGGGUCCCAGAUCUCCAGGCCUGCAAGGAAAGAGAGAUCCCGAGAGGCGACCACACAGCAGGUGUUGAGCGAGGGAGUGAGAACGUGGAGGGGAAUCAUCAUCAGGAAGUUCCCAGGGAAGUGGAACGACGGGGCACAUUUGUUGGAAGAGCUGAAGGGAAUUUUUCCCAAUGCUGGGAACAGGGAGAAGCCUACAGAAAUUGGCACAGGUCAGAGAGGCUUGUGGGAAACCACCCAAGGAAGAAACUGGUUGAAUCUAUUAAAUGUGGGGGAGGUGACAAGGAUCCCACAACCCAGCAGACAAUUCCCAAGGAAGAGACACCCUGUCACUGCCUGCAGUGUGGGAAAGGAUUCAUUGUGAGAUCACAGCUUGUUACACAUCAGACAAUCCAUACUGGAGAGAAACCCCUUCAAUGCUUGGACCAUGGGGAAAGCUUCAAUAAUCGCUCAGACCUGAAUAACCAUGGGAGACGCCACACUGGAGAGAGAGCCUCUCAAUGCCUUGAGUGCGGGAAAUGUUUCAUUUGGAAGUCAGAACUAAUAAGACAUCAGUUAAGCCACACAGGAGAGAGACCAUAUAAGUGCUUCGACUGUGGCAAAAGUUUCAUACAGAGGUCAGACCUUCUUAAACAUCAGGCAAUCCACACAGGAGAGAGACCCCAUAAGUGCUUAGACUGUGGGAAAAGUUUCAGACAGAGGUCACACCUUUUUAAUCAUCAGGCAUUCCACACAGGAGAGAGAUCCCAUAAGUGCUUGGACUGUGGGAAAAGUUUCAUACAGAGGUCAGACCUUCUUAAACAUCAGGCAAUCCACACAGGAGAGAGACCCCAUAAGUGUUUAGUCUGUGGAAAAAGUUUUGUAUGGAGGUCAGACCUUGUUAAACAUCAGAGAACCCACACAAGAGAGAGACCCCAUAAGUGCGUGGACUGUGGAAAAAGUUUCAUACAGAGGUCAGACCUUCUUAAACAUCAGAGAAUCCACACAGGAGAGAGACCCCACAAGUGUUUAGUCUGUGGUAAAGGUUUCAUAUGGAGGUCAGACCUUGUUAAACAUCAAAGAACCCACACAGGAGAAAGACCUCACAAGUGCUUGGACUGUGGGAAAAGUUACACACAGAGAUCACAUCUCAUUAAACAUGGGAGAAUCCACACAGGAUCUGAACUUCUCUGACACAGAGACAGAAAGUGUUAAGGAAAAUGCAUGUAAUUGACCUAGAUUCAGCCUUUAGAGACAUGUUAGAAAAGUGUGUCCUUGUUAGAUAAUUAGAGCUUCGAGAGGUAAACAUGUAUUGUUAAAGACAUGGAAGAAGAUGGUAACUGUAGUGAUCUUUGUUUGGCUGUAUCUUGUUAGAGGUUAACAAUGGAAAUAAACGGUUCCUGUCUAGGGCUGUAUUCUGUGAAUUCAGAGAUCAAAAGGGAAUAUUAACAUUUAGAUAAAACUUGGUUGUAAUAAUGUCAUUGUGUGU